AAGAAAUAUUACGAUAGCCAUAGAUUGGAUUUGGGAAACAAUAUGAAAAUUUAAAUAUCCGUUCGAAGUUAAAUUUCAGAACGAAUUAAAAAAAAAGUUAAAGCAAACGUCAUCCUUUUUGAGCAACGCAUUUUUGUCUGUUUUUAAAUACAUCCGUAAUUUUUCUGGGCGUCCAUUCUCACGCACCAUGUACUAAAAAAAAUAAACUGUUCAACUACAAGCGCAGCAGCUAUGGUUUUAUGAUAUCUUGUUUAUUCAAGCUGGACGUGAUGUCGAAAGCCGUCAUUAUACCGGAGUGUAACAAGGAUAUAGGAGGUAUGAAGGAUGAGAUAUCCACGUCGCCGCCCGAGAAGAGGGAAGGAGCUAUGGGCUUGUUCAGUCGCCUUUUGCGAUUGGACACUUUGAAGAGGAGCGCAGCCGUGAGCCCGACGCCGACGGAGCCCCUAAUAACGUACUAUGGGGUGUACAUUCCUUGCGAAAUUAAAAAGGGCCCUGAUGAAGAAGCAAUACACGUGUACGAAAACAAGGCGGAGGCGCUAGAGUUAGUCCGGCGCUACAAACAGGGCAGGUUCAAGGCUUUUCAUGACCGGAAGGAAGCGGUGUCCUUCGCGCUGCGCGGGGCUGAGCCUGCGGACACCACGGAUGGCAAUGACAGCUCUCUAAUGGGCGAAAAGCCAUAUCCAUUCAAGGCGCCGUCGCCACAAGACAUGGUGGCGCUUCGGAAGUCGAUCGAGAAGGGACUGCUGGCCGCGGUGAGGGAGAGAGUGUGGGACAACCCGCGGUAUCUCGUCAGCAGUGGAAACACACCGGCUAUUAUGCAGGAGGGCUCCCGCUACAACGCUUUGCACGUAGCAGCCAAAGCGCUGAACGCGGAGAUGUGCAAUCUCGUGCUGACGACCGUUGGCAACCCUGCCUUCGUGCAGACCUUGUACGGGCUGGACGCUGACGCAGACUGCUGCAAGGAAUUCGCCGCAAUUCUAGUGGACCGUUAUCUGAACACGCCAGACAAAGGCAUGAACGAGACGCCGUUGCACUUCGCGGCCAAAUUCGGUGCCGAGGCGUGCGUGGACGUGCUCACGUCCUUCCCGCAGUGCAACAAGCAGGCCAUCAACAAGUUCGGCGAGCAGCCUAAAGAUAUAAUCUGUAAGCGCGCGAACAACGCGUCUCCUGAGUGCGCGCGCCGCAUGUCGGGCAUGCUGGAGGAGCGGUUCUACGUGCCCGUGCUGCACGCCGAGGACGGCAGCGCCGCGCCCGCCAUCGGCCGCGCCUUCACGCCCGCACAGCCGCCGGAGAUAAACCUCGACCCGCUGAGCCCGCGCUACGAGAUCCGCGCCUUCGCGGGCCCCAUGGCGGCGCGCGACGCCGACACCUUCCGCCGCAAGUGGAAGACGCCGCCGCGCCUGCAGCCGCCCGCCUUCAGGCUGCGGGAGAUCACUAAGGGACUCGAGACUGUCGGCAGAAAUCUAGCAGAAGAAAUGAAAGUAGGCUGGAAGGAGUACUGGCCCUUCCUCGACACCUUUACUGACCUCAGAACCCCUGAGGGCCUAGCAUUACUUGAGAACUAUCUCAAAACAAAGUACGAAAGCGCCUGCUCCUUCGCCUACAGCGACAGCUGCGCUCAAUCUCAGUCCCCUGACGACAUCUCCUUGUCCAGAAUUAGUCUAGGAAACCUAGGCAACCUCUCACAAACCCCUUCGAAACAAAACUCCGUGCUGAGCCCCAUGUCUGAACUAUGCGUGGCAAUGAAAACGUGCACAAUAUCUUCAGAUAGACCGGCGCACUGGAAGAAAACAGAUCCGAUACGACAGAGGAUGUGUAGACAACCCACGAAAGCAUUAACCAACGGCGAUGUCGCAUCACCGACUCCAAACCAUCCGAACCACUCGGUCAGCCAGCUCGUCUGUAUCGAACGAACAUGCCAAGUAUUCGCUAAAAGAAUCGCCGACGCUCUAACCUUCUCUCUGACAUCCGAACCAGAAGUCGCGGGAGAAUCUCUAAAAGCCGAAGCGAAAUACCUCCAACACACCAUGUACACUUAUAUGGACGAUGAGAGAUUUCAGAAUAUUAACUUCGCGUUGAUACAUUCGCGACUAGCCCAGCUAGCUGUCUUCAUGCUAAAACGACAAACUAAAGAUACAGAUGACGUUAACAGUCUGGCGGAGUUUUUAGUAAAACUGCGUUGUCCGAACGACGAUAUUUUUAGCUCAGACGAUGAGCAUAAAUCUGCAAGAGGUCCAAGCAGGUUAAAAAUGUCCCACGUAUUAGAUAAUCACAUUAGAUGCUUAGCUGGUUUUAUUAGUGAGGAACUAACGGAGUCAGAGGCGACUAAAGGGCCGUCUGUAUCUGAAUCUGAGUGUGCAGAGCUGUGGGGGAAAGCGUCUAAAUGUAGGUGUGAUUGGAAGAUUGAGAAUUUUGAGAGGAAUAGUAAGAAGAAUGCGUCGUUUAGGAAGAACAGGUCGAUAUUGUCGACCAGUCCGAAGAGUGAGAGUCUGGUUAGAAGGCUGACGUUCGAUUGUGAUAUUGGCGACGGCAAGAGUCAGCGCAACGAGAGCUCCCGGCCGCUCAGCGUGAACUCCCCCGGCGGCGACUCCGCGCCCGGCGCCGUCCGGCCCGCAGAGAUAUCGGAGGACGAGUCUGGCGAGUCGUGCAACUCUGACGAGUACCACACCGCCUCCGAGCACUCCGACGACGACGACAAGAUGGUGGACGCCAGCGACCGGGCGCUCGCCGAGCCCUUUAUAUACGGAGAGGAGCCGAGUAAGAUGGACCGACUAGUGUUUGACGCACUAGCCCCGUGUAGCAUUAGCCCCGAGUCGUACCCGAACGUGUAUCGUUGGCGUCAUACCGUCGCGCUCUACUCGCCAACGGAGAGAGACAAAUGGGCGGCCCCCGACCUGAACGCCAGCGUGGUGUCGCUCGGCUGCUGCAGCCCACUGCGGCGCGCGGCCCUCCCCGCUGCCGCGCACACGCCGCGCGCGCGCUGCUCCACGCCCAACCACCGCCUGCCGCCCGCACAGGAGGCCUAUCAGGACCGCUCCGUGCCGCUACAGGUAUCGAACUGGCUGCGAGUGACGGGCCCCAACUCGCCGCGCUCGGCGCUGGCCACCAAGCAGCUCGGCCACAACGUCAGCUUCGGCUUCUGACCAUCCCCACCACCGCCACCGCCACCACCACCAUCACCACCACCAUCACCGCCAUCACCCCCCAGUUAACGACACCAAUGACAAGAACCCACUUCGCGCUGGACGUUCAUAUUUCAGGUGCAACUUGCGGAAUUUCCAUAAAGUUGGAAUAGUUCUCGGAAAUUUCACAGCAAACAAAAGAAAUUUAUUUUGGAAAUUGAAUUUCAUCGAUUGUAUAAAAUGUAUAAUCUCUGAAAAAAUGUGUGACAGCUGAAAAAUAUAACGCUGUAUAGAGUAAUAAUAUGUUUUCUGGUAAUUGAAUUUAUACGUCAAUUUUAGACUACCAAAACUACCGCGUAAUAUAAGGGCCUACUA